AUGUACAGUCUACGACAAAUCGCCAGAAGUUCAACGAAGACGGAGAGUGUGGUGCAAAACAUUCCGUUCGUCGGCAGAAAGCGAAGUCUGAUCGAAGAUGCCCGGAAAGAGCGCGCCAGCUGUUCAUCGUCCCCUGACCCAUCGCGGGGCGGUGAAAACGUUGUGUUUGAGGAAAAGGAAGGAACCUUGACACUGAACAUUCUUUUCGCACUCAGCCAUGAGAAGAAUGCAGGAUUCUUUAAAACUGGCAAAGUCUUUGAGACGUUUGAAGCCAAGCUUCUGCAUAUUGAGAGCCGACCAGGGAGGAAGUCUAAGAACAGUGGCUGUGAUGAUCUGGAGUUCUUUAUGAGGUGUGAAGUGCACAUCUCAGACACAGACAUCUUCAUCAACUCACUCAAGAGAGUCGCCGACGACAAUAAAAUAACAACUAAUCAUUUAAAUUUUCCCUGGUUCCCCAGAAAGAUCAGAGAUCUGGAUAAAUGCAACCUGUUGAUAACGAAAUAUGACCCAGAUAUGGACCAGGAUCAUCCAGGAUUCAGUGAUCCAGAAUACAGAAAAAUAAGACUGAUGUAUGGAUUCAUCCAUCUCAGUUCCACAAGGGGGGAACCAUUACCCAGAAUGGAGUACACACAAGAGGAGGUGGCCACAUGGAGAGAGGUGUACCAGACCCUGAGGACCAUCUACCCUGACCUGGUGUGCAGACAGUUCCUGGGUGGGCUGCAGCAGCUGGAGAGGGAGUGUGGCUACGGAGAGGACAGUAUCCCCCAGCUCCGAGAGGUCUCUGCCUUCCUCAGAGGUGAGGCCCAGCACUGUGUUCUUGUUUGUCCAGAGGAGACAGGCUUCCAGCUGUGUCCGGUGACAGGGCUACUCUCCGCCAGAGACUUUCUAGCUAGCCUGGCCUUCAGAGUGUUCCAGUGUACCCGGUACAUCCGCCACGCCUCCGCACCCCAUGCACUCCCCGGAGCCGUACGUCAAAUGGUGUCAUUGACAUAGUAGAAUCACUCGAAAUAAUGUGUGUCAUAAAAAUAUGUUUACUGAACUGAUCAUAAAUAAUAACAUAUGUAUGAUUCAUGUGGUUCAUGUAUUCACUUGUUGUGCUUCCUCUCAGAGAUUGCUGUCACGAGUUACUCGGCCAUAUUCCUAUGCUUGUAGACAAAGAAUUUGCCCAGUUUUCCCAGGAAAUUGGCCUUGCCUCACUGGGAGCGUCAGACGAGGAUAUUGAGACUCAACCUUGUACUGGUUAACGGUGGAGUUUGGACUGUGUAAGCAGAAUGGAACUGUGAAGGCAUUCUGAGACUAAGUAGACAGGUUGGAAAGUCUGGUCUGCCGGCCUCCUGUCCUCAUAUGGAGAACUCAUUCCAUUCAACCCAGAGGAGACAGCAAUCCAGCCUUACCAGGACCAGACUUUCCAACCUGUCUACUUUGUCUCAGAAAGCUUUGAGGAUGCCAAGAUUAAGAUGAGGUACAUCAAUGCAUACAAGUGGUGUAUGUCUAUAUGUGAGCACGUCACAGGAAAUGUGUAACUUUUUUAUCUUACCUUUAUUUAACUAGGCAAGUCAGUUAAGAACAAAUUCUUAUUUUCAAUGACGGCCUAGGAACAGUGGGUUAACUGCCUGUUCAGGGGCAGAACGACAGAUUUGUACCUUGUCAGGUCAGGGAUUUGAACUUGCAACCUCCCGGUUACUAGUCCAGCGCUCUAACCACGAGCGCUGGAAAUAUGUGGUGUAUUUGGGUUUGAGUUGAUCUUGUCGCUCCUGGACACGGUGUUGCAGGGGUUUUGGAGAGGAGCCAGUGGGAACCUCAGGGGAUCUGAGGACCCAGAAGCAAAUCAGAUUGAAGGCAGCUGUUUAGGAGUUACUCGUAAUUAGUAUAUUACGUUUUGUAAUAUUUUAAGGUAAUCUGAAUGAGCAGAGUAUGGAUGGACAUAGAGCAGGGAUGGGCAACUUCAGUCCUCGGGGGCCGGACUGGUGUCACACUUUUACCCCAUCCCAAGCACAAACAGCUGAGUCAAAUUGCAUUCUGAACUGAAGAUCAUGGUUAGUUGAUUAUUGGAGUCAGGUGUGUUAGCUAACACAUCAUUAUGACAGAGAUGAGAUGACGUGAGGAGACACUCGGAGUCCAUACUUGCGAACAUUUCAAUUUAACCCAUAAGAGUUUAAGCCCCAUCUAAAUCGGGGGAGGAUGUACUACUAAUCUACAGUCGGUCCCAUGGUGUUUAUAUUUGCGUACUAUUGUUUGCACAGAUGAACGUCGCACCUUUAGGCGUUUGGAAAUUGCUCCCAAGAAUGUACCAGACUUGUGGGGGUUUAUUUUUAUUUCCCCAUGAUGUCAAGCAAAGAGGCACUGAGUUUGAAGAGAGGCCUUGAAUUACAUCCACAGGCGGUACUCGUCGUCCAUCAAACAGCCCUUCUCUGUCCGGUACGACCCAUUCACCUGCAGCCUGGAGGUUCUGGACCAGCCCAGUAAGAUCCAGCAUGCCCUAGGCCAGAUGAGAGACGACCUGAAGAUACUCCACAGUUCCCUGGAGAAACUGGGCUGAGGGCCUCAACACUGAGCCAGAGACUCAGGGAGUGAAACUGAUACAUACCUCUGGAGGGGUGGGAAGGGAAAGCCAUUUUGAGUCUUUAAAGGUGCAAUCUGUCAUUUCUCUGUGUGGCCAUGGGGCCAAAUGCACAAACAAUCAAUGCUCAAAAUACAGUAGUUCCAUUUAAGACAAUCAGUUGAAUAUCCAGCUCUUCAAUCCUGCUGGGCUAAUACUUGCAUUAUUAUUAUUAUUAUUAUUAUGGUAUUUUUUUUAGAGACUAAACCAGAUUCAGCCUUUAAAUGGAUGGAUGUGAAAUGCUGUGUAUAUAUUUAUUCAACUGAAAAACACAAUUGCUAUUUCUUUGCAAGAUGAAUUAAUAUUUCCUUGUUGGGUGUAUGUAUUGAGA